ACAGCCCGGGCGCUGGGAGCGCCGGCCCGGCGAGGGCGCGGGCGAUGCCGUGGUGACGGCCCUGCCAUGGCGAAGCCCCCGGCGGCGGCGGCGGCGGCGUCGGAGGAGCUGAGCCAGGUGCCGGACGAGGAGCUGCUCCGCUGGAGCAAGGAGGAGCUGGCGCGGCGGCUGCGGCGAGCGGAGGGCGAGAAGGUGGGCCUCAUGCUGGAGCACGGCGGCCUGAUGCGCGACGUGAACCGGCGGCUGCAGCAGCACCUGCUGGAGAUCCGCGGCCUCAAGGACGUGAACCAGCGGCUGCAGGACGACAACCAGGAGCUGCGCGAGCUCUGCUGCUUCCUCGACGACGACCGGCAGAAGGGGCGCAAGCUGGCGCGCGAGUGGCAGCGCUUCGGGCGCCACGCGGCUGGCGCCGUGUGGCACGAGGUGGCCCGCUCGCAGCAGAAGCUGCGCGAGCUUGAGGCGCGCCAGGAGGCCCUGCUGCGCGAGAACCUGGAGCUCAAGGAGCUGGUGCUCCUGCUGGACGAGGAGCGCGCGGCGCUGGCGGGGGGUGCAGGCGGCGCGGGCGGCGGCGGCGCGGGGUCCCGCAGCUCCAUCGACAGCCAGGCCAGCCUGAGCGGGCCGCUGGCGGGUGGCGCGGCGGGCACCGGGGCCCGCGACGUGGGCGACGGCAGCAGCACGUCGAGCGCGGGGAGCGGCGGCAGCCCGGACCACCACCACCACGUGCCGCCCCCGCUGCUGCCUCCGGGGCCGCACAAGGUCCCCGACAGCAAAGCCGUAGCCACGCGCAGAUCCCUGGACGACCUGUCGGCGCCACCGCACCACCGAAGCAUCCCCAAUGGCCUGCACGAUCCCUCAUCCACUUACAUCAGACAACUGGAGACCAAGGUGAAGCUGCUGGAGGGGGACAAGCUCCCCGCACAGCUGCCCCAGCCCUGCGUCCAGAGAAGCUGGCUUCAGGUAGGAGUGUUCCUGCAGAAUGGUGUCAGAGAACAGCAGGCAGGCUCUGGAGAGUACCGGACGCUGCGGAAAGGCUUCUCCCCGUACCACUCGGAGUCCCAGCUCGCCAGCCUGCCCCCCUCCUACCAGGACUCCCUGCAGAACGGCCCGGCCUGCCCGGUACCUGAGCUGCCCUCGCCCCCCUCCGCCGGCUACAGCCCUGCAGGACAGAAGCCCGAGGCUGUCGUGCAUGCCAUGAAGGUUCUGGAGGUCCACGAGAACCUGGACCGGCAGCUCCAGGACCGCUGUGAGGAGGACCUGAGCGAGAAGGAGAAGGCCAUCGUCCGUGAGAUGUGCAACGUGGUCUGGAGAAAACUGGGGGAUGCCGCCAGCUCCAAGCCCUCCAUCCGGCAGCACCUGUCUGGGAACCAGUUCAAGGGGCCCUUGUAGGGCCUUUCCUCCAUGGACGUGGACUGUCCCUGCCCGAGGUCCCCAGAGGCAGUGGCAGGCCCUGUGGCCCAGCCGCUGUCUUCUUCUGUGAUGAAUUGUACAUAGGACGCUGCUUGCUGUGGCCCGGCUGCCAUGGGCCCCACAUACUGCUGGCCGGCCCACG